GGCUGUGUACGUGUGGGAUAAAAAUAGAUAAAUAUUAAGAAGUACAAUUUAUUUCAGAUAAAUGGUUCUCUACUCAACUGCGAUUGAGACGGGUCUAAUUUUAAUCUUGCAAUCGGAAUGGCCGAUGUUUCUUCGGUUCCUAUAGACGUGAUGAUGGCUUCAAAUAGGAUGUGGCCAUCUGCAUCCGCCUUCUGCCCGGUUUGUCAUUUGUAACACGUGUUUCUUGAAUUUUUCGUAACAUUCUUGAAUGUGACGUUUCGUCAAAAUAGGUUUUACCGUUGUCUGGUUGUUCAUACAGUUGGAUAGAACGCUAUAAGAAUGCUUAGAGAGGUUAUGACUUAAAAAUGAAAUUAUUGUAAAGACAAAAAUGUAAUUUCAAAAAUUGUUGUUCUCUUGUAGAAGGAAAAUAAGGAAGAAUUUACAGAAAUAUACAAUUGGCAAGAACUGACAUGCAAUUAUUUUGAACAUCUUAAAAGAUUUUAAUGGCGGAAGGCGGAUUAUUUGGAAUAUCUUGAACAUUAAUUUGAAAUUUUGUUUAUAUAUGUGUGUGUGUCAGAUUUGCUCCGUUUGGAAUGUUUAUUUACUUAAACUAGGAAGAGAUGUUCGAAAGGUCAAAAUUUAAAAAAAAAAAAGUUCUGCGUUUUACUCCCGGUCAGGCUGGUUUUUGUAGCCCGGUAACUAAGCAUGAAAGAAGAACCGAAUCAAGAACAAAUCGGUUCCGGCGAGGAAAUUGACGGAGCGAAGGUCACAAACCCGAAAACUUCUGGGUUCGAGUCCCGGUGAAAAUGGGUUUACGAUUAAUUUUUUUCCUAUGAUACUCAGCUUUUCUUGUCUGAUGAUCCGACCCAUGAUAAGCUUUCCGGUAAGGAAUAAUAAUAUGAAAUGUAAACAUUUGUCGAAUUUCUCCUCAGUAACUCCGCUAGUGUGCAUAGGAACACGUAUCAUAUACGUACAAAGAGCAGUAUCAGCAUUAAGUAAAAUCAAAUUUAUGAAAACGGAGCCCUCUGGAGUUUAAAAAUAAUUAUUUUUGUUUCAUUGAACCAAUUUUUGUAACCCCUCCCGUCCCCACUGCCGGCUGGCUGCGUGGCAGGUCCGUCUGGUCGGAACUGGAGGGGGGGAAAUGGAAUGAGUCAUCCGGCAUUCACUUCCUAUUACUGUUCCUAUGCUAGUCGCACAGGAGGCGCGAUCCAGCGACUGGUUGAGAUGGGCAGAUGUGGAUGGUUUGACUGCUGCAAGGGAGAUGUGGAACUGGGACUGUCAAGAAGCGAAAGGCCGGAUGGCAAUGACAAUGAAGGCUUCGGCCAGGAGUGGUUUGACGAGGAUUGCGAUUUCAGUGACUUGGGACAGGAAGCAGAGGAACUGCAAAUUGAACACGAGAUUCAAGAACUCGAGGAAGCUGAAGAAGAACCGCAGUGCUUCUGUUUGCGGGGGGUCCCGAAAAAACCGCCCCCACCUUACGCAUCACCAGACCAGAGCACCAGAAACCCCACAGCAUCCAUUUCUGGCGUGUCACGUGCCCUGUUGAGAAAUCAGGACCUCACGAAGGAGCUGCCCAUCAUUUUUUCAACAGCUGAGGAACUUACGUCAGUGACGCUGAAGAUGACUGGUUUCUUGUAUAAUUUGUUCAUAUUUAGCGGUGACAUACAGCACGCAGAAGUUCCACCUGAAUUUAAUGAGGACGAUAACACUGCUGAUAUGAGGGUUAUUGAAAAAUCUAGCAGAAGGAUGUUUAAAAAACUAAUUUUUGAUUUAACAAAAGAUCUGAUAAAAACUUAUUAUGGUUCGAUGCGGGAGAAUCCAUGUGUGCCGUGGGACUGGCCUGCCUUCUCAAGUAAGAGAAAGAAACUGCCUCAAAGAUCCAAGGAGAUGCUGCAAGAAGUGAUCUUGAAGAAAGUGCUGGAUUUGUUCGGCUUUGCACCUAAAGUGUAUAAGGAAAAACUCGUAAUUCGAUGGAGUCGUAAGAAGAGAGAUUAUGUAGACGAAAUUCUCAUGAAGGAAUCUCACGACGAGGAAUCCGCAUGGACAGAUUACGCCGAAGAUGAAGUGACUGUGAAAAAUGAAAUAGCGCUGGGAUUGCUCGACUCUUUGCUUGAUGAGACCGUGAAGAUUAUUUUAGACAUCAGGAAGGCGAAACUUAAGAAGUGAUUUGAACCAAUACUACUGUUGUAAUCUUUUCUGGUCCAUUUAAGAUACAAGUUUGUGACCCAAAGACCAUAUCAAUUGCACUAACAGAUCACGAAGAAACUAAGGAACUUUAAUUAUCCAUUCAAGGCAUUUUGUCUUGUGCAUUCGACAACUGCUCGCGGGCAAAAUUGUAACACUGAACUGAAACACAAAAUGCUCACGCAAUGAAGAACAAGCUUACAUCUUAGAACCGUACUUGUGUCGUAUCUUGGGGGAUCGCUGGUCCCACAGUAUCGGGUUGGAUUCACGAGUGUCUUUG